UCGCCCUUGGCGGUAGCAGCUCCCCACAGCCCUCGAUCUCGUCGCGCACGCCGCCGACAGAGCUCCCGCAUCUCGCAACUGCUGUACUAGCCAGCAGUCGCGGACCAACUAGACUCAGCCCAGCAUGCCGAAGAAUAAGGGAAAGGGUGGAAAGAACCGUCGGCGCGGAAAGAACGACAACGACGACGACAAGCGCGAGCUGGUCUUCCGCGAGGACGGCCAGGAGUAUGCGCAGGUGACGAAGAUGCUCGGGAACGGGCGCCUUGAGGCGCAGUGCUUUGACGGCGAGAAGCGCCUCGCGCAUAUCCGAGGGAAGAUGCGCAAGAAGGUGUGGAUCAACCAGGGUGAUAUCAUCCUCAUCUCCCUGCGCGAGUUCCAGGACGACAAGGCGGACGUGAUCGUAAAAUACACGCCGGAUGAGGCGAGGAAUCUCAAGGCGUACGGCGAGCUGCCCGAAAACGCGAAGAUUACGGAGAACACGUUCGACGAGGAGGAGGGCGAGUGCACUUUCGAGUUCGGGGACGACGAGGAGCUCGACAUCGACGAGAUCUAGAGGAGCCACCAUAUCCCCGCCAAGUCUCGCUAUCCCCGCCA